AGGAGACAGAGUGUUAAGGAAGGGAAGCAGCCAGGGUCACCUGGGAGGGAGCCAGAGUGGAGCCAGGGAGCCAGGGAGCCAGGGAGAGACCCCAGGGCCUUCACAGGGACAGAAUAAACCAGAGAGAACCCACCAGAGUUGAAGAAAGGCAGAGACACACUCUCCAAAGUAUGGCCCAGCCGUGUGCCUCCAGUGCCUGAGCCUCGGUUUCCUUGCGUGUGAAGUGGGGGUCCCAGCGGCCAGACCCACCACCAGCACUGCUGCCCACCGACCCAGCCAUGGCGGGAAACCCUAAUGUGCCCCACAAGACGUCGCUGCCCGAGGGCAUCCGAGUGGGCACCGUGAUGCGGAUCCGGGGUGUCGUCCCGGAAAAGGCCGGCAGGUUCUAUGUGAACCUGCUGUGUGGCGAGGGGCCGGGCGGGGAGGCUGCCCUGCAUUUCAACCCGCGGCUGGACGAGUCCACGGUGGUCUUCAACACCCUGGAGCAGGGCACCUGGGGCCGAGAGGAGCGCGGCUCCGGCAUUCCCUUCCAGCACGGGCAGCCCUUCGAGGUGCUCCUCAUCGCCACCGAAGAAGGGUUCAAGGCGGUGGUCGGCGACUCCGAGUACCACCACUUCCGCUACCGGAUCCCGCCGGCGCGCGUGCGCCUCCUGGAGGUGGGCGGGGACCUGCAGCUGCAGUCGGUGAAUAUCUUCUGAGCCGGCCCGGGCCCGGGCGGGGUGGGGUCCGGGCGCCGGAGGCGAAUAAAGUUCCGGCGCACGCGUGUGCGCCCUGUCUGUG